GGGAGCUGUGUUUUCCCCGGAAGUGCCUUCCCCCCUCCCUGGUCCGCGUGGAGGCGCUUUCCUUACCUCAUUUGUCCUCGCCCCUCCCCGUCCCUUUACGCGUUUUGGUUCCUGGUUGGUGCUUCCUGGUCACAGCCGCGGCACAUCAAAGUUACUGACUUUCCAUGAUGUUUGGUGGUUAUGAGACUAUAGAAGCAUAUGAAGAUGACCUUUAUCGUGAAGAGUCUUCUAGUGAACUGAGUGUUGAUAGUGAAGUGGAAUUUCAGCUCUACAGCCAAGUUCAUUAUGCCCAACAUCUUGAUAAUGUCGUCAGGGAGGAAGAACAUGAAGAGAACAAGUCUGAGAAUUCUGAAUUAUCCAGUAGUAAUCUAAACCAGAAAAACUUAAUUAUUCUUUCAGAUAGUGAAGUCAUCCAGUUAUCAGAUGGGUCAGAAGUCAUCACUUUGUCUGAUGAAGAUAGUAUUUACAGAUGUAAAAGAAAGAAUUUUAAAGUCCAAGCAAAAGAGAAGAUUCGAGGUCCUCUUGCUUCUUUUCAUUCUGAAGAGUUGGCUGAUAAAUGUAAGAGGGAUACUGAGAAGCCUAAACCCAAAGAGAUACCGGGUCCCAUCCAAGAGGUCAUGAUUAUAGAGGUCAGUUCAAGUGAAGAGGAAGACAGCACCAUUUCAGAAAGUGAUAAUGUGGAAAGCUGGAUGCUGCUGGGAUGUGAAGUUGAUGAUAGAGAUGAUGAUAUCCUUCUCAAUCUUGUGGGAUGUGAAAACUCUGUUAACGAAGGAGAAGAUGGUGUAAACUGGUUCAUCAGUGACAAAGAUAUUGAGGCCCAGAUAGGUAAUAAUAGAUCAUCUGGAAGAUGGACCCACCGAUACUAUUCAGCCAACAAGAAUGUUACCUGUAGAAACUGUGACAAAUGUGGUCAUUUAUCCAAAAACUGCCCCUUUCCACAAAAAGUCCGCGCCUGCUGCCUUUGCUCCGAGAGAGGACACCUCCAGUAUGCCUGUCCAGCCCGCUUUUGCUUAGACUGUUCUUUGCCUAUGUCUUCCACUCACAGAUGUCUUGAAAGGUCUUCCUGGAGAAAACGAUGUGACCGAUGUGAUAUGAUGGGCCACUAUGCUGAUGCUUGCCCAGAAAUCUGGAGGCAGUAUCACCUAACGACCAAACCUGGACCACCCAAAAAGCCAAAGACCCCCUCUGGACAGUCAGUCUUGGUUUAUUGCUACAACUGCGGGCAAGAGGGCCAUUAUGGACACGAAUGUACAGAAAGACGAAUGUUUAACCAGACCUUUCCAACAUCUCCAUUCAUCUACUACUAUGAUGACAAGCAUGAAAUUCAGGAGAGAGAACAGAGAAUAAAACGAAAAGUAAAAGAACUCCAGAAAAAUGGUGAUUUUCCAAGGCAGUUCAAGAGACCUCAUGUGGAAGCAUCAUAUAAGAGGCCCCACCAUGGUAUGAGGAAGAGCCAAGCCUCCUGGAGAAACAGCAGGUGGCCUCAAGAAAAGAAAGAAACCCAAAAGGAAACAAUGAGCAGGAGCAAUAAAGAGCGUGAGAAGCACAGGAAGGCUAACAAGUGUCAUGAAGUGGACGAAGACUUCCCCAGGGGCCCCCAGACCCACUCUUCUUCUGGCACUUUCAAAGCCCAGCGGCCUCACAGGCCCUUCCACCAUUCAUCACAUUACCACAGGCCAGGAGAAGACAAACCAGCCAAAGAGGGCAGGUGGGGCAAGCAUAAGAAAAAGGGGAGCUAUGUGGAGGACGACAGCAAUGAUAACUUAUUUCUUAUUAAGCAGAGGAAAAAAAAGUCUAAGCAGUGAAACAGCCUCUGAUUCCACUUUCAGUGUUUGUCUGGUCUCCAUGUCUACAACCUUCUGGCAAUGUUUUUAUUAUCUAUGAUUAAAUAAAGAAGUUUUUGUUUUUGUUUUUUAUCUCAGCCAUAUCUAGAUCUUCAAAAUCCAUGGAGAUCUCAGUUCUCUGUGUCUAAGAGGUUAUUAGGUUAAAAAAAAAGAAAGAUAAACUUGGACUUCUCCUUUUCCAGUGCAUCAUUUUUACUUAGAAUCCUAGGGAUAGGAAGAGUUCAUCUUUUUCAAGAAACUUUUUAUAAAAAUACUUUGAAAAAAUAAAAGCACACAAACAUAAUUCACCUGCAACGUAAGGAAGAAAGUUAAAUCCUUGCAGAAAGAUAAAUUAAUGCUAAUAUGAAAAAUUCAUUAAUCUUUUUCAAAAUUACUUUCUUUUAACAUUGAAAAGCAUAGUUAUCAAUCUAAAUCCAGCUUUCUUGCUCCUGAAGCUGGUGUCAGAUUCUUCCUUUGAUCAAAGCAUCACAGGCUAAAAAAUGAAGGUGUCAUCAUCGAACCCUGAAAGAGGGCAGAGAAUUGGACUGUAGCAAAAUACAAAUAAGGAACCCAUCCUGUGUAAAAGCCACGAGGCAGAUUUUCAGAAACAAGUGGAAAAGAGUCAUCAAAAAUUAUAACAUAAUCACAAUGAAAUAGUUCUUAUCAUUUUUACAGCCACACUUCAAGAAGACUAUCAGAAAUACAGAGAUGAAUAUUGCCCAAUUUAAAAAAUUGUUUGUUUCCACAGGUUUUUUAACUACCACAAGGCUAUACAGAAAUUUUUGUACUUGUGAACCUUUUGUACUUAAUCAAAGCCUAAUGUUAGAAUAAGAAAAAUAAAAUAUCUGAAAUAGAGUAAAUAAA